AUGGAAUACGCAGCCCAGGUCCCCCAGCCCAGAGAACAGUGGCAUCCACAUAACAGUAUGGUCCUCUGGGAACAGCAGAGACCCCAGGAGCCAGCAGGACCGUGGUGGAGGGGGUGGUCCACUGGAAACAGCAGAGACCCCAGCCAAAAGAGCCGUGGUGCUGCGUGUGGGAAGCUUGAGCUGGAGGUAGAGGGGGAGCAAACACCCCCGCAAGAGGAGCCGUGGUGCUGGAGUCCGCAGGGCCGUGGGGAAGUGGAGGAGCAGGAUUAG